UAUUAUUAUUAUUUGGGUGAUCAUCUAUGAAAAAACUGACUUGGUAAGGUUCAUGCAAGGGUGUAUAAUGAGUAUUUUAAAGAGAAAAAUACAAGAGUUUGAAGAUGCUCUCUUUACAAAAGAGAUUGAUGUAUAUCAACUGAAGAAAUUAUGCUUUAAUGGUAUACCCGAUGAAGGCAGUUUAAGACCACUGUGUUGGAAAUUAUUACUUAAUUACAUACCUUUUUCAAGGGAUAAGUGGACCCAAACAUUGACGUUAAAGAGAGAACUGUACAAAUCAUUUAUCGAUGAUCUCAUUGUCAUUCCAGGGCAGUCGAAUUUAGAAAGGGGAAGAAUCGAUGUUACAACCGACGAUCAUCCAUUGAAUUUAGAUCCGGACAGCGAAUGGCAAACUUACUUCAAAGAUAACGAAGUUUUAUUGCAAAUAGAUAAGGAUGUAAGAAGAUUAUGUCCCGACAUAUCGUUCUUUCAACAAGGAAGCGAGUAUCCCUGCCAAGCUAUUGUUCAUAGUAACGGACAGAAACGCUUGCAUCAAAGAGUACACCAUACAGUGCUAAAAAGUGCUAGCGUAGAAAGAAAAGGUCUUGGUAUAACGAAAAUUGCUGUUUCGACUCGUAAAGCUGCCGAGGAUUAUGCUCCGCUAGAAGGUGGCGAAGCGCAUUGGGAAGUGUUGGAAAGAAUUUUAUUUAUAUUUGCAAAAUUAAAUUCCGGUCAAGGCUACGUUCAAGGCAUGAAUGAAAUUGUUGGGCCUAUUUAUUAUUCAUUUGCUUGCGAUCCUGACCAAAAAUGGAGAGAGCACGCGGAAGCCGACACCUUUUUCUGUUUUACAAAUCUCAUGUCAGAGAUCAGAGAUUCUUUUAUUAAAUCUUUAGAUGAAGCAGAAUUUGGAAUUAACGCUAUGAUGAGCAAAUUAAUGCAAGAAGUAAAGUUUAGCUGCUACGAGGUUUGGAUGCGCUUACAUCAGCAGGAGCUCUGUCCCCAAUAUUACAGUUUCAGAUGGUUGACUCUUCUACUAUCGCAGGAAUUCCCAUUGCCCGAUGUUAUGAGGAUAUGGGAUUCUUUGUUUUCGGAUGAAAAUAGAUUUAAUUUCUUAAUUCAUAUUUGUUGUGCAAUGAUUUUGCUAUGUAAGGAACAAAUACUUAGUGGAGAUUUUGCAACAAAUGUAAAAUUGUUGCAAAAUUUUCCAUCCACGGAUGUACAAAUUGUAUUAACUAAAGCAGUCGAAUUAGCCGAAAAGUCUAAAAUGUUCUGAUUCAUUAAUUACGUAAGAACUUUCUCAAACAAUUAGCAUUUAUUAAUAAUAAGUACAUCAAUU